UGAUGGAGGCCAAGGCUGUGUACGGUUGUUGGUGUCAUUGUCUGCAUGUUUCCUGAGUUUGAGGACAACUGAGGAGAGCAGGCGUUAAGACAGCCAUGCCAGUACUGGAGGUGAUCUGCAGCCUGAUUGGCUGGCUGUGUCUCUACCUGUUGUUCUGCUGUACCUUCACUCAGCGGGGGCCCGAGUGGAGCUGUCGCCUGGUCACUUUGUGCCACGGGGUCGUCAUAGUGAUGCUGACGGCGUAUGUUGUUUUUGUAGACGGACCCUGGCCCUUCACACAUGCAGGCACGGAGAACACCGAGCUGCAGAUCUUCGCCCUGGCCGUCUGCCUCGGCUACUUCUUCUUUGACAUCGGCUGGUGUGUAUGCUACCGCACGGAGGGCCCCGUCAUGAUGGCCCACCACGCCGCCAGCAUCUUGGGCAUCCUGCUGGCGCUGCUCAUGGGAGUGUCGGGCUGCGAGACCUGCGGGGUUGUCUUCGGCAGCGAGAUCACCAAUCCCCUGCUGCAGACCCGCUGGUUCCUCCGCCAGCUGGGCCUGUACGACAGCCUGCUGGGCGACGCGGUGGACCUGCUUUUCAUCCUGCUGUUCGCCACUGUGCGCGUGGGAGUUGGCACGGUGAUGUUCUACUGCGAGAUCACGUCUCCCAGGACCUCACUGAUAAUGAAGCUCGGCGGCGUGGUCAUGUACGGACUGGCCUGGGUGUUCAUGGUGGACAUAGCCAGAUUCGGCUACAAGAAAAGUAGAGCCAAGUAUAAACGGUGGAUAGAGAACCAGAAGCUCAAAGAAAUCAACACACGAAAACUGGACGGACACUCAGACAAGAGUGACUGAAGGAGUGAAGGGCCUCACAACUUGUGUUCUCUGUCUGUCCAUACAUGGGCCUCUGCAGCUUUAAAGGUGCUAUAUACUGCAGCAUCAUUACUACAUAUUUUCAUCAUAUAUAGUAUUAAUAUCCAAAAAAACAUGUUUAUCACCACCUUGCACCAGCCUUGCUUUGCUUUAUGGCUUGAAAUAGGAACUUACAGUACAAUGUUUGCACUGCAGGGGACAUGUUUUUGAAGCCAGGAGCUUAGGAGGAGUUUUCAAAAUCACUGCCGAUCAAAGGGCCGCUGCUGGAUUUCCAAACUGUUUGACAAAAGAUAUAUCCUCCAGAGCACUGCAGAAAAUAAACUGAGGUUCAUCAGAGGAAGGUUAAUCAUUUAAAAGGGCUACUUUUAGGGUGUUUUCACACCUAAAGUUUGAACAUGGCCUUAUUCAACUGUUUUACACACACAGAGAGUGAAGUAGAAUGAAACUCUGUCAACUUUGUCCUUUAAAGACGUAACACUCUGCUGCAGUAAAGGCACUAAUCAUAAUUUCCAUGGCUGUUAUACCAACUUAUAACAACCAAUAAUAAUGAUAUACUUAUGUUCAAAAUGUAGCACCUUUCAGCAUCGCAUCAACACUGGAUAGGAAACCCUCAAAAAGCUUUUGCAUCUGGACAAAAGAAAAUAUGCCAGAUAGUUUUUCUUGUUUACCAAGUGUGUUUUGUAAAUGUUCUGGUUUUCUUUGGAGCGGUUGUUUUCACUGACAUUCAUGUGCAAAACAAAAAAGUAAGGAUGCGCUAAAGCUUAAUUAUUUGUCUAUAAGCAGCAGAAGUACUCGCGGCUUAACUGCCAGAUACACAUGCCAGAUUUACUCCAGGACUAAAAUCUGUGAUUCACUUUUUCUUGUUGCUACAGCCACACUUUACCUCAGUCAAACAAACCUGUGUUCACUUGAACAGUAUUUUACUGUAACACGUUUCUAGCUGGGACAGAAUCAGGUAUUAUGUAGCUUAGUGGUUCCCAACCUUGGGGUCGGGAAGGUAUUGCAAGUGGGUCGACAAAUUAUUUGCAAAACA